UCCGGCCGGGCAGUCCGCGCUUUUGUCCCGCCGGCGGCCGGGCUCCCGCGGCGCCGCCACUACCAGUACGUGAAGAAACUGCUGUACAAAGAAAUUAAGUAGCUCUCUCAAAGAUCAGUGUCACAUUUGAAGACAAACAUGGAGGAUGAGGAAUCGGCUAAAAAGAAUGAAAGUAAUUUAAAUACAGACUCUCAGUGUACAAAUGUGGAAAUUCUUUACAAGGAUCAUAUGCAGAAAUCUAAGUUCGAUGACACUUGUGUUUGGGUAGAGAAGCAAUUGGAAAGUCCUGAAUGGAAAAUAAUGAAGGAAGACAAAAGUAGCAUCAGAGAAAAGAUUGACAAAUCUAAGAACACAGAAAAUGUAAAAAUAGAACAGGAUGAUGAGGCAUCUGAGAAAAGUUUGUACCCAAGUGCAGAUACCAUGUACCAGACUGUCCCUAUAGAACCAAGAAUUCGUGAACAAGAAUUGGAGAACAUUAAUGGAAACUUGCACCCUACUCCACAGCAGAAAUCUACCACUGUUAAGAAAUCACAUAAGUGUGAUGAUUGUGGAAAAUCCUUUAAAUACAAUUCUCGCCUUGUUCAACACAAGAUUAUGCACACUGGAGAAAAGCGGUAUGAGUGUGAUGACUGCAGGGGGACUUUCCGGAGCAGCUCCAGCCUUCGGGUCCACAAGCGCAUCCACACUGGUGAGAAGCCCUACAAGUGUGACGAGUGUGGGAAAGCCUACAUGUCCUACUCUAGCCUUAUAAACCAUAAAAGCACCCACUCUGGGGAGAAGAACUGCAAAUGUGAUGAAUGCGGAAAGUCCUUCAAUUAUAGUUCCGUUCUGGACCAACACAAAAGGAUCCACACUGGUGAGAAGCCAUAUGAAUGUGGUGAGUGUGGAAAGGCCUUCAGGAACAGUUCCGGUCUGAGGGUCCACAAAAGGAUUCACACGGGGGAGAAGCCCUAUGAAUGUGACAUCUGUGGGAAAACCUUCAGUAAUAGCUCUGGUCUGAGGGUCCACAAAAGGAUACAUACAGGUGAGAAACCCUAUGAAUGUGACGAAUGUGGGAAGGCAUUCAUUACUUGCAGAACACUUCUGAAUCAUAAAAGCAUCCACUUUGGUGAUAAACCUUAUAAAUGUGAUGAGUGUGAGAAAUCUUUUAAUUACAGCUCUCUUCUCAUUCAGCAUAAAGUCAUCCACACUGGUGAGAAACCUUAUGAAUGUGAUGAAUGUGGGAAGGCCUUCAGGAACAGCUCAGGCCUCAUAGUGCAUAAAAGGAUCCACACAGGAGAGAAACCAUACAAGUGUGAUAUCUGUGGCAAAGCAUUUAGCUAUAGUUCAGGCCUUGCAGUCCAUAAAAGCAUUCAUCCUGGAAAGAAAGCCCAUGAAUGUAAGGAGUGUGGCAAGUCCUUUAGUUAUAACUCACUUCUUCUUCAGCAUAAAACCAUUCAUACUGGAGAGAGACCUUAUGUAUGUGAUGUGUGUGGCAAAACAUUCAGGAACAAUUCAGGCCUCAAAGUCCAUCGGAGGCUCCAUACUGGGGAAAAACCAUACAAGUGUGACGUGUGUGGGAAGGCCUAUAUCUCACGCUCAAGCCUUAAAAAUCACAAAGGAAUCCACAUGGGGGAGAAGCCCUAUAAAUGCAGCUAUUGUGAGAAAUCCUUCAACUACAGCUCUGCCCUUGAACAGCAUAAAAGGAUUCAUACAAGGGAGAAACCCUUUGGGUGUGACGAGUGUGGAAAAGCCUUCAGAAACAAUUCAGGCCUUAAAGUACAUAAACGAAUCCACACAGGAGAGAGACCUUAUAAAUGUGAAGAAUGUGGGAAAGCCUAUAUCUCACUCUCAAGCCUUAUAAAUCAUAAAAGUGUACACCCUGGGGAAAAGCCCUUUAAGUGUGAUGAGUGUGAGAAAGCCUUCGUCACAUACCGAACCCUUUUAAACCACAAAAAGAUUCAUCUUGGAGAAAAGCCCUACAAAUGCGAUGUGUGUGGGAAAUCUUUUAACUACACCUCACUCCUUUCUCAACACAAAAGAGUUCACACUAGAGAGAAACCCUUUGAAUGUGACAGGUGUGAGAAGGUCUUCAGAAACAACUCAAGCCUUAAAGUUCAUAAAAGAAUACACACUGGGGAGAAGCCCUAUGAGUGUGAUGUGUGUGGAAAAGCUUACAUCUCACACUCAAGCCUUAUUAACCAUAAAAGUACGCACCCUGGCAAGACACCCUAUACAUGUGAUGAAUGUGGAAAAGCAUUUUUCUCAAGUAGAACUCUUUUAAGCCAUAAGAGAGUCCAUCUUGGGGAAAAACCCUUCAAAUGUGUUGAGUGUGGGAAAUCGUUUAGCUACAGCUCACUUCUUUCCCAACACAAGAGGAUCCACACAGGGGAGAAACCUUAUGUGUGUGAUUGGUGUGGGAAGGCCUUCAGGAACAGCUCAGGCCUCACAGUGCAUAAAAGGAUCCAUACAGGUGAAAAACCCUAUGGAUGUGAUGAAUGUGGAAAGGCGUACAUUUCACACUCAAGUCUUAUCAAUCAUAAAAGUGUUCACCGUGGAAAGCAGCCCUAUAAUUGUGAGUGUGGGAAAUCUUUCAAUUACAGAUCUGUCCUUGACCAACACAAAAGGAUCCACACUGGAAAGAAGCCAUACCGAUGUAAUGAUUGUGGGAAGGCAUUUAAUAUCAGAUCAAAUCUUACCAAGCAUAAAAGAAUCCAUACCGGAGAGGAAUCUUUAAAUAUGGCAGAUGUGGAAAUUCAUAGUGGCACAUUCCAGAAGAUAAUCUACUAUGAGGGAGGGAAUGCUUUGGAGGGGACCAGGAUGCGGAUGAUGCCUGUGCCUAUAUGGGAGGCACAGCCUACCAAGUCUCAAAGAAAUCAAAUAGAAGAAAAACUUUAUGAAUGUGAGAAUUUCUGAGAUCCUUACUCAUGGCUUAUAAUUUUUAUAGUGUAAGUGGAAGAAUUCUAAAUAAUGAUGAACAAUUCUUUAUACAUGAUUCAGUCAUAGCAAGGACAGUUCUAGUGCCACAAUAGUUGAGCCCUUUAGGAAUACAAAAUACCACUAGAUAGAAAACCUUUCAAAGUGAUGGAACAUUUAAUAAAAAUCCUCCCAAAUAGGCAUACAUUUCUGGACAUAAAACAUGAAGGUAAAGGACUUUAGUUAGAAAUCAUAUUCACCAUUACAAAGAUGCUAUUUGGAUAAAUGAGUGAAUAAGAAUGUAGAAAAUCUGGUAUAAUUUUGAACUCUACUUUGGUCAGUAUAAAAAUCCAAGAAGGGCCACUAACAGGCAAAUUCAGGGAGAGAAUGGUUUCAGGGAAUAUCAGUUAUUAGUAGUCACGAUAUAGACUUAAUAAUUGUUUGUGGUAGGGAGAUGACAACUUCUGAAACAAGUUAGAUGUCCUAGGAAAAGAAAAGACAAAUCUGUGAUCGUCACAUUAAAAUGCAGAUUUGUUGGAAUAGACUAUUACACUAAUUGAACUGGUAAGACCAAGUGAACUCUCUUAAUAAGUAAUACAUAUGUUAAUGAAAGCCUGGAAGGUGGCAUUCACACAUACUAAAGAAUGUAAAGGAUUUCAGUAUCUUCAGUAAGUAAUGGAACACAUCUUCACCAAGAGUUUGCACCUUACAGAAAAAAAAUUCAGGGAAUCCCAUGAAUUAAAAAUGUUUCAAUGGAAGGUGUUUUAUUACAAGGGCAAAGUCAGUAUCAGUAAUUAGGAGGAGGAAGUUCCUGUUUUUACAACAAUAUUAAGUGUUUCAGAAAGUUAUAAAGAUUUCAUGUACUAAUGUGUAUAUUGUCUGUUGUAAAAUAUGAAUAUGUUCAGAACUCGAUUUGCCAUAAAGGGCAGGUAGUUAUGGUAAGGUAAAGCAAAACCCCAAUAAAGAAAUGCCUCAAGUGUAACUAGGCUGUGGCUUACUGUAGAUGGAAUAAAUAGAGAGCUAUUUGUGUGUCGUAUCUUUCCUUGUUAAGUGGUACAAGAUAGCCAGAAAAGUUUCUUAUCUGUGAAGACUCAUCCACAAGGCUAAUAUCUGAGGUUUCAACAGAAGUUAGAUCAUGUUUAUCUUGGGAAAACAGAUGAAUUUUUUAAGAGACCAUGGAAAAACAAACAAUCUGAUGUUGAUACUGAGGCUGCAUUAUAAUUUGUUAGAGGGUGCAGGCUGUGUGAGUGAUCUGUAACUUUACAAUUCAUUAUGAACAGAAUUUAAUGCAAAAUAUUAGUAACUGUAGCAGUAAACAUUAGGUAUCUGAACAGUAAAAGUAUUUACUGUUUUGAAGUAUUUCUGAGUUGAGCUCCACUUACAGUAUUUGGACAAGUUAUUAGUAUCAGGUGAAGUCUCAGUUUGUUCUCAGGCUUCAGAGUCUACAGUCAUUACUAGCCAGAUCCAUAUUUCUUUAAGGAUUCCUAUCAAAAUAAUUCCCAUGUCUCCCUCUGGGAGUACUAGAGAGUACUUUGUUUCUGCUUCCAAAUUCCCACUAGUAAGUUUUGAAAGAUGAGGUGAUAAAAGGGAAAAUAUAUUGUUACCACUCAGUUCUUCAGUAUAAAGCCCACACUUAACAUGGUUUUCUGCAUGAGACACUGGUGAAUUUAACCCUAUCCACAGAUUUAGUUUACUCGGCAAAUAUUUGUUGAGAAUCUGCUAGGUACAACCCACUGUCCUAGGCACGAUGUAGGGAAAAGUGAGAGCAGGAAUCAGUUAAGACUAUGAACAAACCAUUCUUGAUAGAUACACACAUGCACAUACAUAUGCGUGGCCUAACUUCUAAAAGUGUUGAGGGAAAAUUGACCAUAUCUAACCAGAAAGAGAGUUACGGAUAUUGUUUUCUUCUGAUGAGUGGGAAGUAGAAUAUCCUGAAUAAAGGGAGCAGAGCUAGUGUUGAGGAAUCCUCCAGAGUAGCUGUGUUGUGGUAGGCAGAAAGACCAGACUCUCCAUUCCCAGUAGCUGUUGAGGAAGGGGAUUGCACUUCAUUUACUAAAGAAAAGACCACUUUCCAUGUGCCUUAUGGCCAAAGUAGAUAGUGUACUUGUGGCUUGAGUUCCAUUCCUCCCCCCACCCACCGUGUGAACUCCAACUCGACCUAAGGUACUACCUAGUUUCAAGGAUGACACAGGUUAAGUACAAAUAUUGAGGUUGGCCACCUUUCAGAAAAGAUUGUGAGUUUUGUGGUGCUGUGGAUCAAACAAAGUAGAUUUAUGCAUACUAUGCAAGUAUUCUACCAGUGAGGUACAUUCCUGGCUCUGGUUACUUUUUUUUUAAGUUUUAAUCCUUAUUUUUAAGUAUGUGUAUAUAUGGGGCUAUAUGCUUGUGAAUGUAUGUGUCUAGGAAGCUGGAGGCAUUCCACUGGAGCUGGAGUUCUAAGUACUUGUAUGCUACUUGAUAUGGAUGCUGGGUACCAAAUUUGAGUCCUCUUGGAGAGUAGUACAAGCCCUUAACUACUGAGCCAUCUUUCUAACCUACUUUUAGUUAGGCAUCCUGAUCACCCCAGUACACUGAAUGCUGGGGAAAACUACUGCAACCUCAUCUAUUCAGAGAUGGGAAGUAAAUAGGCUAGUGGCCUCUUGGCCUAGCCUUGAGUAUUAUAUGUAGGGCCAGGUAAAUGAUACUCAGGUGAACUCCAAUGUAUAUGGGUCUCCUGGUUUCUAGUUGUCCCAUAGGGACACUAUGCUUCAGAUUCAAUUCAAUGAGUUUAUUGUGGAUAAGCCUGUUUGGGCCAGUUGAUGAACGUGAGAUUAGUGAUCAUCCUUGCCUUUUCUAGUAAGUGAUAUG